CGUCACUGAGCCGCCACAAUUCGGGCACCAACGACACUUCCACCACCCUCAAAACAAGCAUCAGUCGAGCGUGGAGACUGGGAGAAUAUGUCGAGGGCUCUGGACAAAGAUGUAGCCGCAUCCCUUGAGUCCAGCGACAAGGCCGAGGCCCUUGCGGCUUUUGUGGCUAUCUCUGGUGCCCUUACCCAGCAAUGCCAAACGGGAACAGGAACCGACGAUGGCCUCGUUGAGAUCGAGCUCCUGGGGCGGAGUCAUCCAACUCCCGCAGGGUGCCAUGUCCUCCAGGACGGCAACGCCAUCGCAGUGCCCAAACUGUCCCUGGUCCGGGCCUUUAUCGUUGCGCGCAUGCGGGCAAUAGCGUGGCAGCAGCAGCAACAUACUGCCACCAACGAUGCAGAUAUCCUUGCUGUCACGGCCGUCCAGCUACUUAUGGACCCAGAGCACCUGACGGCUGCCAACACGCGCAAGCGGGCCCUGGUCCGGCGGGCCGCCACCAACGGCAGCGGCGCUCUCGCAGACGCGGUCCGGGCCGAGUUCAGGCUGGUGGACUCGCUGCUCACGAGCCGGUUGCACCGACACACCAAGUCGCCGACGCUGUGGAGCCACCGGCGCUGGUUGGUGCAGAGGUGCACCGAGUGGUCGGUUGCCGCUGCGGAUGUACACGACGCGCUACAGCACGUGGUCAUGGUCUCGGCGGAGAGGCAUCCGCGGAAUUACUACGCCUGGUGUCAUGCCAGGUUCCUGGUCGCACCGCUUGUAUCACGAUCAUCAAAUCCCAGAGAGGGUGGCGUGGAUUGUUAUAAUGGAGCACUCGAGAAGAUACUCGACAGCACAAAACGGUGGGCUUUUAGCCACCACACGGACGUGUCCGGCUGGUCGUUCUUGUGGUUCUUGCUUUGGCCUCCAGCAGCCACGUGGGUCCAGGAAGGACCGGGAACAAGCCGUGCCGCGGCCGUUGUCGCCGAGGCGGCCGAGCUGGCCGUCUCACUGCGGUGGACCAACCAGUCCGUCUGGACCUUCUUGCGCACCGCGGCCGCUGUAGGCCUAUUGCCCCAUGGCCGCAGUGUGUACGAGCGCCUAAGGGCCUCUUUGCCACACGAUUCCCCCGGGCUGGAGACUCUUCGUCGGGCGGAGGACUGGACCCGCGAUUUUGGGGCUUGUGAUGUCGCCGCCAUCUCAGUCUCAUGAUACCUGGGUCUUGUUCUGUAUCUCAUGAUUGGCAAUGCGGCGACUUGUUGAUCAAUGGAAUCCGCAAUAGUGGCAUGGGAAACAGUCAACGGAUGUCAGCAUGUCUGUCUGGGUGAAACGAGGCAACGCUGAAUAGUACAUCCGGAUACCAACACGACCCUCGGCAACAUUGCAAUCAGCCUUGUUUCGCGAGGGUGAGCAAAUGUGAUGUGGCUGUUAGUCUCUUAGCCCCGCAAUAACAGUCUCUAGUAUGUGAUAUGUAAAAUGACAGUAGCGGUGCGACUUGGCGU